CAGAAAAUUUCAAAUUGUUAGAUGUUCGAUAUAAUCUUAUGAAAAGUUUAAUACUUGGUGAUUGCGAUCGUUUAAUAAAAUUUAUAUUAUUUGGAUACGAAGAAACUGCCAAAAGUAAAAUUGAUUACAGACAUGUACCAAGUAAUAAAUUAUGGCCAGGAAAAAAGUUUUUAAAGAAUGAUGACCUUGACUUUGGCAAAAGAGAAGAUGAGCUAAAAAUGCCAGAAAAUAAUAUGGAACUAGUAAUUUAUUAUUGUAGAGGUAAAUCUAACUUUAUGAUGCAAUAUUAUUGAUUACAAUCAAAAUAACAUUAUUU